AUGGCUAAGCCUCAAGAAAUAGUGCCUUUCUACGCUACACUUCUCGACGCUUGCUCAUCCUCGAAGCACUUAAAGAAUCUAAAACGAAUCCAUGCUCUGACCAUCACCUUAGGCAUUUCACGCAAUGGCUUCAUUCGAAGCAAGCUUGUGUCUUCCUACGCUUGCUGUGCCCAAUUGCACGAAGCCAAUAUCCUUUUCUCCUUCACCACUCGCCAACCCACUUUCCUUUUCAACUCUCUCAUCAGAGCACAUUCGUCUCUUUGCUUGUUCUCUAGAUCCCUUUCCAUCUUUCACCACAUGCUCCUUGCCCACAAGCCCUUUGAUUGUCACACGUUACCCGUGGUGCUCAAGUCUUGCGCUGGUUUAUCGGCUCUUCGGCUUGGGCAACAAGUCCAUGGGGCUGUUCUGGUUAAUGGGUUUUCCCUGGACUUGGCAAAUGCAAAUGCUUUGAUAAACAUGUAUGCUAAAUGUGGACAUUUGGUUAGUGCGCGCAAGGUGUUUGAUAGAAUGUGGCAAAGGAAUGAGAUUACGUUUUCAACCAUGAUGAUGGGCUAUGGAAUGCAUGGGAAGUGCGGGGAGGUGUUCGAGCUGUUUGAUAAAUUGGUGGAGGCAGGGGUGAGACCUGAUGGUCUGACUUUUACUACAGUUCUGAGUGCGUGUAGUCAUGGGGGGUUAAUAGACAAGGGAAGGGAAUAUUUUGAGAUGAUGAAGGUAAGGUUUGGAGUGAAACCUGGGCUUCAACAUUAUACGUGCAUGGUGGAUAUGUUGGGGAGGGUUGGUCAGGUUGAGGAAGCGGAGAAGUUAAUUUGGAGAAUGGAGGUUAAGCCUGACGAAGCUUUGUGGGGUGCCUUGUUGGGAGCCUGUAAAACUCAUGGGAAGGUUGAGGUGGCUGAGAGGGUUUAUGGAAGGGAACCUAGUGUUGCAUCAUCAAUUUAA